AUGCCGCGCAGAUUACGAGAUUUUGUCCAGGAAAGCGGUCGAGGGGGGCGGGAUGGAAAGAGGAGCGAGUCCGUUGUCGUAGUGCAGAGUUCAUGGAUGAAAGAACAGCAGGAGAUUUGGACAAAGAGGAGAGAGGAGAGAGAUCGAGGCGGGGACAAUGGUGUCAGUGAGGAGGGUGCGGUCAGCAAGCAGGCGUAUGAGUGGGAGGAAGACGUUGUGGAGUUUGUAGAAGGCAAGGAGUGCCGGCGUGAGGUUUUAGACCGCGAGAUGGAUGGGUUUAUGGGACGGGUAGGGUGUGAAGUAGGUGAAGAAGAGCGUUGCGAUGUGUGUAGGGAGCGUGCAUUGCGGAUGGAAGCACAAGUAUCAAGGAGAGGUACAUCAUGGGUCAGCAUACAGAGUGAAGAGGAAGAGGAGUUGGCGAGGGCAGCAGCAGCAGUUGAGGCAGAUUAUGAGAGGAGCAAAAGGUCAAUUCAGUGGGCAGAGAUGGAGCAGGUAGCACGGGUAAUGAAGGAAGCAGAGGACGCGGCAGAUUUCGAGGCGGACACAAAGACCCGACAGGAAACGAAGCGCAUUGCGCAAAAGGUGGCAGCCAUUCCAGGUAUAGCCAAGAAUCAGGACGAUUUGAAGAAUUGGAUAUUGCCGCCGCCAACCAUCCAGAUCAACCCGUACAUCCAAGCCCCACGAGACGAUGGAUUAGGAUGCAGCCAUUGCCAAUACGUAGUACGGGAUAAACAGCAGAUGCAGAAGCAUGGCCGGACCGAGCACGGUUGGGUCAGCCGUCGCAAGAGAGGCGGACAGCAGCAAGCCGUGCCCGACGAACAAGAUGCAAUGUUGGCCGUGCCGUGGAGAGACCACGUACAAUGCCAGCAGGUAUGCAAUUGGGGGCACGGCAAGCGUUGGUUUGAGGUUGGCCGCAACGAUGAAAGAGCGACACAGGAGGAGGCCACCGACGGUGAGGGUGAUGCCGAUCACGAGGCCAACGUCGCGUUUUUCAACAUGGUCCAGGAGGAAGGCAGGAAGGCGUUUGAGGAUGAAGCCAGCGGCCGUCGCGUCCAGGAUAUAGACGACAAGAAUGAGGCCCAUCAGUGGUUGGGUCGAUGCGGUUGGCCCCGCCAUUUGGAGGGUAUCCGCAUCGACCGGUUGAGGACAUUGUUGGAGCCGAUCAGCGAUGACGAGCCGGUGUUGCAGAGGAUGUGGGAAGUGUUGGAAAGCGUCAUGGAUGCCGCGUAUCAGGCGACGGCCCGCCAGUGUUACCCAGGCACGGCCGAGUUGUUUGAGAUUGCACGUAAAGAAGCGCAUAUGACGACGACAAAGCCGUUCCAGGGAUUGAUGGAACCCGAUGCAUGGGUGCGAUACAAGUCAUGGUGGAAGCAGUUGUUGUGCAUUUGGAAGCGAUACGACGAAUGGGAUGCAGAAGAUGGUUACGACAAUGAGAGAUUCAGUAACGGCGGAAGCAGCAGCAGCAGCAGCGACAGCGACAGCGAUACCGAUACCGACAGUAACAGCAAUAGGUCCGCGUAUGAUGAUGAUGCGGUCAGCCGCCGUUAUGGCCCAUCCGACCCACGUCCGCCGUAUAAGAUGACAAUACAGCAAGAAGAGUUGUGGAAAGCAUUCGACAACGGCAUCAGGCAGGUCGUCACGGGAGCCGACAGGGCAGGUCGGUACACAGCCGAUCGUUUGCAGCGGAGUUGCUUGGACGCCAUGGUGCAGUUUUUCGACCAUCCAUUGAAGAGCGGCAACCAUUACGAGAGCAUCGUCAUCAGCGCGUUGGCCGUUAUGGGGUUAGACGAGGGCGGCGGAUGGAAGCCCGUGGAGAAUUACACGUCAAUUUAUCCAGCCGUCAUCAAAGUGGCGAGGUAUUUAGUGUUGUACCAGUCCAUGUUGGAGCGUCAAGCACAGAUUGACCAGUUGGCCCAAUACGCAACCAUCCGUCAGGCCGAGGAGGAGGCCGAGGGAUUAUUCAGGAUCGUGCGACGCAAGGUGCGGCGGUUCAUGAUCCGCAUCCCCGAGGGAGAGGAUAUCGAGCCGUCGCCGAUGAAUUGGAUCAUCAACACGCGAACAUACGGCAUGCACAUUCGGUAUUCGAUGCCCGGUUCCGAGAUGAUCGAGUGGCAUGGCGAUCAGAUUUCAUGCAACAGGGUCAAGAUCAAGAUGAGCGAGAUAUCCGACAUGUUGCAUGCAUUAAUCGGGGAUGCACGGCAGACGUUAGUGCAAUUGGCAACCGGCGGCGCCAUUAGGAAAAGGGAGGUGAAGGGGAGAGAGAAGAGGAGGAAUGACGGCAGCAACAGGAACGAUCAUGAGGAUGAGGAUGACAAUGACAGCGCCAAUAACAAUGACAGCAGCAACAACAACAGCAAUAACGGUAACAGCAGCGAUAAUACAAUAUGGCCACCGCCGCAGAACAUAUUGCCCGCCAUUCCGUGGUCCAGGAUCGAGGAUAGGCAUGGCGAAAGCGCGUUGGAGCAUUCAUUUUUACAGGAUGAAGCCAACCAGAGUUGGGUCAUCAAGGGCGACAGGUGGGUGCAAAAGCAAGUUGCAGCAAGCAAGGCCAAGAUGGAGGCAUGGAUCGCCAAGCCGCACAAUGAGGCGUGCCCGUACCGAGAAGAGGCAAUCCGACGGUACAGCCGUUUGAUAGAGGAAUUCAGGUCACAGUUGUUCGUCGCGAUGCACAUGUUGGGAGGCCAGCCGGCACGGUCCACCGAGAUUUUGGGGAUACGGAUGUGGAACACGAUGAACGGCGGAGUGCGCAACAUAUUCAUCCACGACGGCAUGGUUUGUUUCGUCACGAUGUACCACAAGGGAUUCCGGCAGUCAGGCAAGGUCAAGGUCAUCCACCGGUAUUUGCCACGCGAGGUAGGUGAGUUGUUGGUGUGGUACAUGUGGAUCGUUUUGCCGUUUUGGCACACAGUCCAGGUUGGCAUGAAGCAGCAGCAGGAGAAGAGGCGCCGGAGUGCAUUUUUAUGGGCCGACGAGAUUGAAAAGGAGGAAGAGGGGAAGAGGGGAAGAGGGGAAGAGGAGGAGGAGGAGGAGGAGGAGGAGGAGGAGGAGAAAAAAGCAUGCAAGAGGGAAGAUAGAAAAGGAAAAGCAGUAGGCCAGGAGAGUUUGGGGUUGUUAGGGGAGAGGGAAGAAGAGGCCGUAUUCAUGCAGUGGUUCCGCGAGGCCAAAUGGGGGAACGACCGGGCAAGAAGGGCAAUGCAACGAUACAGCAACAUGUUUUCCGGUAAACAGAUCAACAUCAGCAUGUGGAGGCAUAUGGCCAUCGCCAUCAGCAACCGGUAUUUAAACAAGGCGUUCGGCGAGAUCGACGCAGGCGGCGGUGGCGAUGACGACGAUGACGGUGGUGAGGAUAGUUUGGUGGACAGCAUCCACGAUUUGCAGGCCGGGCACGGUUCACACAUAGCCGGGUUGAUAUACGCCCGGUUGUUCGGGCAGGGAGAUUUAAGCACGAUGAACAGGCGGGACGGGUUCCGCAAGGUAAGCAUGCAGUGGCAUCGGUUUUUCGGGUUUGGGGCCGAGGACCGUGUAGAGCAGUUGGGCACGAAGCGUCCCCGUUACCCGUUCGACGAAGAGCGGGAGAUGACGAGGCGCAACAGGUUCGGCCGGUUGCACAGAGUGGACAUGCAAGGGCAGUUGAAGCAGAUGAUGGGGGCGACGGCAGCGUUCAGGGGGCAGCAGGAAUCGGUCAUCCGGGCCGUGGCGCGAGGCGAGUGGCCCAUCGUGCAGAUCGCACCGACGGGUGGCGGCAAGAGUUUGACGUUCAUGUUGCCAGCAUAUUGCACACCGGAUGGGGUGACGGUAGUGGUGACGCCGUUGGUAGCGUUGCAGGACGACAUGGCGGUGCGUUGUUCCAAGUUGGGGAUCGAGGCAUACGUAUGGAGAAGUCGAGGGGUGAUACAGAGAGCGGCAUCGUUGGUGUUUGUGACGCCCGAGUCAGCCGUCAGCAAGGGAUUCAGAACGUUUGUCGAGCGGAUGCACGGGCAGCAAAGGUUGGACCGGGUCGUGGUGGAUGAGUGCCACACGGUUUUGCAGUGCAGCAAGGGGUUCCGACCGAUGAUGAUGCGGAUAGGGGAGACAUUGCAGGAUUUCGGCGUACCCGUGAUUUGUUUGACGGCAACGUUGAAGCCGAAGGACGAGAUGGCGUUGUUCAGGGUUAUGCGGUUCGUGCCGGAGAGGGUAAGGAUGUUUCGCGAAGCGACAGGGCGGAAGAAUAUCGCGUACAGGGUAGAGGUGAUUGACGACACGAGAGAGGACAUAGCAGCAUACCGAUCCGGCCGGAUUCAAAGGAGGCAGGGGAAUUCAGGCCGGAAGAGGAUCAGGGCGAAUUUAGAUGGUGUUAUCAAGAGGAGCAGGGCGAAUUUAGAUGGUGUUAUCAAGAGGAGCAGGGCGAAUUCAAAUGGUGUUAUCAAGAGGAGCAGGGCGAAUUCAAAUGGUAUUGUUAUGAUCAGCAGAGAGAGCGAGGCAGAGUUUAGUGUUCAAGAGACAGAACAGGAACAGGAACAGGAGGAGGAGAGCGAGGAAGAUGAUCAGGUGAUGAUUGAACGGAUAUGCAAGUUGGUGAAAGAAUGGACGGCAGAGCAUACCUACCGAGGGCAAGGUGAUCGUAUACGGGGGGACAAUCAAGCGAGUGCAGAUGAUUGCAGACGCAUUAGGAUGUGUAGGGUAUUGGCGAGGGGCGGGGGGGCGGGGGACGCAGCCGAGAAGGCAAGGCGGGUGGCAGAGUGGAUGAGUAGCCGGGGAGGCGAAAGCGGAUGGAUGGCAGCGACAAACGCAUUAGGGUUGGGGGUCGACGACCCGAACGUGCGAGAGCGGACGAGGGGGCCGGGAUGGGCAGAAGAGCGAGUCGGUGGUUUGCAUCAGGCAGUCGUGGUUGGAACAACAGAGGGAGAAGAGGACAAGCAAGAGGGUUACGGGUGGCAGCAGCGGCAGGAGUGGGAUUGGGAUAAGGAUGUGAUUGAGUUUGUAGACGGGAACCGAUGUCGACGAGAAGUGUUGGAUCGAGAGAUGGACGGCAAUAUCGACCGGUUCGGAUGCGAAGAGGAUGAGGAGAUGUGCGAUGUGUGUUGGGAACAGCAGCGAGCAAGAGAUGUAGACGAUGCAGGGGUUGAAUUGCGGUUUGCAGCAGAAGAGAGGGCAGACGAUAUGGUAGAGCAGGAAGAGGAAGGAGGAGGAGGAGGAGGAGGGAGAGAAGAAGAAGGAGGAGGAGGACAAGAAGAAGAAGAGCAGGAUUAUCAGCGCAGUCGUCAGUUCAUACGGCAGGCAGAGACAGAAAGGAAAGUGCAGGUGAUGGAAGAGGCCCGAGAGGUGGCCGAGUUGGAGGAUAUAUUGGCAGAGUGGGCAGGGCAUUGCGCCGCAUGCAAGGUGUUGGGAGUAGAGGAGGACGAGCACGAGAUGGAGGCAUGCCCGUAUCGAGAGGAGGAGGUGUGGAGGAAGAUAGAGCAAGGCGCAAGGCAAGUGGAGGAAGAGAUGAUGGGAAAGAAGCGGCGUUUUGUGACAGAUGGGUGGCAGCAAGCGACGACGGGCGAUUAUUCCGCCGAGCAGAAGGGAGAGCGUGUCAGUACGGUGGAGGAUUGA